AUGAAUGGAACGCCGUACACUGGCGUACCGACUAUACCACCUCCUCAAUUCAGUACGUUUGCCACCACAAUUGAUCCUCCUCGACCCUUGCCAGACUUCGUAUCAAAGGCUCCAUUACAUCCUACGACAACAGCGGCUCAACAACAGGUGUAUUCACCAACAGCAGCUCCGUACCCUGCCGUACAGGCUCAUCUGGAUUCGCCUGCUCCUUCGCCAAACCCUGAAGGCAAUAAGCCUAGCACAGUUCAAGAGUCAUUUGCGAUUACACCAAAUGUUACGAAUGAGACAAAG